AUGUCAACGGUGCCGGAACCUGAAGACGCGAUCCGGAUCGCGCAGGUUGAGCAAAAGCUCGAUGGUCUUGUAGCCAAGCUCGUCCACGCGCCUGAAAGUGAAGUCACCACAGGUUCAGCAUGUGGAUCGCAGCCAACUCCUGGAGAGACGGCAGCGGAACGUUGGCGGAAUCGUGGAUUUGCCAAUGUGGCGCCGGGUAGCUGGAUGCCUACACCAUCUUACGAGCCGAACGCUGUGCAAUCCGAUAAAAGUGCCGAAGAUGGAUCCGCGAGUGCUGAAGUCGAUCGACAAUAUCUUGAAGACAUCCGCAGCAUACACAGAUUCGACGAUCGUGAAGAUGUUUCGAACCCUCCUGAGGGCCUCUUCAAGAACUCAAAACGCCCCGAAGCUCCAAUCGAGCACGAUGUCGUCGAUUUCUUAUUUGUAUCUGGUGAAGCAGAAACUCUCUUAGAUGAGUAUCGUAACAUGUCGGCAACAUUUCCUUUCGUUAUGAUACCGCCGCAGAUCACUGCCAAACAGCUGCACGAGCACAGACCGAUGCUCUCACUUGCGGUGCUUCUGGUGGCAUCAUGGAGACAUCACAAACGCCAGAUGACACUCGAUGGUAUCUUCCGCACGGAACUCGCCAACAGAACAUUCAUAAACCCCCACAAAACCUUGGGCCUAGUCCAAAGCGUAUUAGUGUAUCUCUCAUGGUAG